AAUUCAUUUCUUUCUCCAUAGGUAGCGCAAGAUGAAGCUUUGUGACUUCGUGCAUCUUCGCUCAGCAACCGAAGUUUUACCCCAUAAAAGGAAAUUUUCGUAUAAACUAAAAAUGGCUGAAACAAGUGAGACCAUGGUGGUUAGUGUGACAACUCUUCAACAACAGAAGAGUAAUUCUGGUGUUACAUUAACUUGUGAUGAGACAAAUGUUGAAAAGGUUUGCUUUACUGAGGAGUUGAAAAACUGUUCAGGAUUACACUGGUCAACUUUGCCAGUCUCAAACCACAAUAGCUGCAAACAACCUUCAUUGCUGAAUUUGACAUCAAUUUAUGCUUCUUUGCUGCUUGGUGGUGGAUGUGGAUCUCCUUUCUGGUCUGAGCUGGAGAGUGAAAGUGGUGAUACUAGUGCACCAGCUGCUUCAGAAUCUGCAGUUUGCAAUGGUGGUGUGGAUGUAAGAUUGAAAGAAGAAAGAGGAAAAGUUCAGAUAUUGAUGAGGAAGAUAGUGAAGAGCCAGAAUAUGCAACAGGAUUAUCUUAGAGUAUUGGUGUCACAAAUCCUGCAUUUCCCGAACAUUAUUUGUUGUCUUCAUAUACUAAAUGUUCUGAAAAGCUAUUGCACGUAUCUGUAUGAAAAUUUCACUACUUUUUCAUCAUGUUUUUGCUGUGAUUUUUUGUUCGAGUAUAUUUACAAAAAAUAUUUAAAAAAUACUAUCAUUCGUCGAUUAGAGUUUGCUCGUGUGGAAGGAUUGGAUGGCUGUGAAGUUGUAUCUGUAUUUCAUCUUUUUUUAAUGAUUCAGUUUUUGUGUCUUUUGACUUUCAUUUGGGUGUCUCGAAGAAAACAUCUCUUCAACUGCAUUUCUCAUUGCGUGGGAUCACAGGUGGAUCUAAAAGCUAUUUCGCAUGCAGACUGUUCUGGAGAUGAUCCUGGCAAAACACGAGGAUUAUACAAAAGAGUACCAACCGUAGAAAGCUGCUCUCCGAAGAAGGCGAACGGCGCGGCGCUGCGCACGCACAGCCUGGGCCCCGGCGCGCGCACGCCGCCGCUCGAGCGCAAGAGCAAGCUGGCGGCGCUGGGGCGCCUCUUCAAGCCCUGGAAGUGGAAGCGGAAGAAGAAGUCCGACAAGUUCGAGGCCGCCUCCCGCUCCCUGGAGCGCAAGAUCUCGGUGCGCGCGCCGCGGGACGAACUGGUGCAGAAGGGCAUCCUGCCGCCCGACAGCCCCUCGUCGCCCACGCCCACCUCACCCAUCGGAGCGGAGAUCACCUAUUGA